ACAAAGAAAAAUAUCUAUCUCUGUAAAAACAAGUAGUGGACGUGAAAUUAAUUUAUUACAAACCUUUGUGAUUUCAAGUAAUAAUUCUGAUUCUGAUAUUGAGAAGAUUGAAGAUUCAAAACCUAAAAAUACAUUAAAAAAAGUCAAAAAAAGAAAACAUAUAAAAAAAAGAAAUAGAUAUGAUAAUAAAAAAAAUAGCGAUAAUGAAUAUUAUAUCGUGUCUGAUGAAAAUAACAAAAUUUUUGACAAUAAGAAACCAAAAAUUGAUGAAGAUAUUGAUAACAAUAUUGAUAAAAGUAUUGAUGAUAUGGAAUAUAAAUAUAACAAAACUAAUUUUGAAGAAUUUGAAUUAUUACUUAAACAAGAAAAUUUUUCAACAUUAUAUGAUUUAAAAA